AUGGAUAACUCAUUGACUGAUAGUAUUAAUGUGAUAUCAAAUCGAUCGAAACCCAAUGACAUGAUUAUUCUGUUUGGCGAUUUCAACCUCUCAUCUAUAAACUGGUCUCCACCUCAAACUCGAUACGGUGAAUACUUAGCUAGGCUGGAGAGAAACAUGACCAAAACCCCUAAAGCAUUCUGGGCCUUUGUCAAUAAUAGCCGAAAAACGAAUGUAAAACCUAAUACUCCGACCAGCAUGAGCUACAACAACACUUAG